GAGGAGGGGCCUCCAUCUUUAUUUCUUUGUUUCAAACCUUCUAAACUCGAUAUUAUUUAUCUCGGUUUAUGUGUGUCGAGAUCCCGCUUUGGGCGGCCGGCCGCCAUUGAUCACGGGGAGCAGUGACAGCGACUCAUAGGCUGCGGGGGGAAGGCCUCGGUGGCAGCGGCGGGCGGAGGAGGAAGCAGGAGGCGGACACCGGGAGAAUGAAGCGGCGGAAUGCUGACUGCAGUAAACUCCGGCGGCCGUUAAAACGGAACCGAAUAACGGAAGGCAUUUACGGCAGUACGUUCCUGUAUCUAAAAUUCUUGGUUGUCUGGGCGCUAGUAUUACUGGCAGACUUCGUCCUGGAGUUCAGAUUUGAAUACCUGUGGCCAUUCUGGCUGUUCAUCAGGAGUGUAUAUGAUUCAUUCAGAUACCAAGGACUGGCAUUCUCAGUAUUUUUCGUGUGUGUAGCAUUCACUUCAGAUAUAAUAUGUCUUCUAUUUAUACCAGUACAGUGGCUGUUUUUUGCAGCCAGUACCUAUGUUUGGGUACAGUAUGUUUGGCACACAGAAAGAGGGGUAUGUUUGCCCACUGUCUCACUAUGGAUACUGUUUGUAUAUAUUGAAGCUGCAAUUAGGUUUAAAGAUCUGAAGAAUUUUCAUGUAGACCUAUGUCGUCCUUUUGCUGCACACUGUAUUGGUUAUCCUGUGGUCACACUGGGUUUCGGAUUCAAAAGUUAUGUUAGCUAUAGAAUGCGAUUAAGAAAACAGAAGGAGGUGCAGAAGGAAAAUGAGUUUUAUAUGCAGCUUCUGCAACAGGCACUGCCACCAGAGCAACAAAUGUUACAGAGGCAAGAAAGGGAAGCAGAAGAAGCUGCAAAAGGCUUAUCUGAAAUGGAUUCUACAGUACUGUUACAGCACAAUGGUGGACUUUCUUCAAAUAAAAAAAUAUCCAGCACAUUACCAGAGCUGGAAUACAAAGAAAAGGGCAAAGACAAAGAUGUAAAAAGACAGAAUUUGGGUAUUAAUAAUAACAUCUUGCAGCCCACAGACUCUAAAGUGCAAGAAAUUGAGUAUAUGGAGAACCAUAUCAACAGCAAACGAUUAAAUAAUGAUUUAGGGAGUACAGAGAACCUCUUAAAAGAGGAUCCAUGCACAGCUUCCUCUAAGAACUACAAGAAUACAACAGGGACUGCAAAUUCAUCGCCUCGUAGUCACAGUGCAUCUAAUGGGAGCAUUCCUUCCUCCUCAUCAUCUACCAAGAAUGACAAGAAGAAAUGCAGCAGUAAGAGUCCAAACACUCACAAAGACCCCACAGAGAACUGUAUUCCAAACAAUCAGCUCAGCAAGCCAGACACCUUAGUAAGGCUGGAGCAAGAUGUAAAGAAAUUAAAAGCAGAUCUGCAAGGGAGCAGACAGGUUGAACAAGAUCUCCGAAGUCAGAUUGGUUUAUUAACCAGCACAGAGCGGGGGAUUCGAACCGAAAUAGGGCAGCUGAGACAGGAAAACGAGCUGUUACAAAAUAAAUUACACAGUGCUGUUCAAAUGAAACAGAAAGACAAGCAGACGAUCAGUCAACUGGAGAAGAAGCUAAAGGCUGAACAGGAAGCCAGAGCUUUUGUAGAAAAACAGCUUCUGGAAGAAAAGAAAAGAAAAAAAAUAGAGGAGGCUACAGCAGCAAGGGCAGUUGCUUUUGCAGCAGCCAACAGAGGUGAAUGUACAGAAACAUUAAAGAAUCGAAUAAGAGAUUUGGAGAACGAAUGUAAAAAGUUAUCUAUUGACAUGAAAUUAAAAGAAGAACAGAUAAGAGAGUUUGAGAUAAAAGUACAGGAACUACGAAAGUACAAAGAAAAUGAAAAGGAAACAGAAGUUUUAAUGUCUGCACUUUCAGCAAUGCAGGAUAAAACGCAGCACUUAGAAAACAGCCUCAGUGCAGAAACCAGAAUAAAGUUAGAUUUAUUCUCUGCCCUGGGUGAUGCAAAAAGGCAGCUUGAAAUUGCUCAAGGACAAAUUCUACAGAAAGAUCAAGAAAUCAAAGACCUCAAACAGAAGAUUGCAGAAGUUAUGGCAGUGAUGCCCAGCAUUGCAUACACUGCAGGGACAAGUACCCUAAGCCCAGUCUCCCCACAUUACUCUUCCAAGUUUGUGGAGACUAGUUCAUCAGGGCUGGACCCCAAUGCAUCAGUUUACCAGCCACUCAAGAAGUGAACACUAGCUGCCACCAACUCGCCAAUUUUGCCCAACUCAAGUCGACAUGCGAAAACGACAGUUGCCAUUAAAGAUUAAUUUGAGAACUGUUUGUUGUGACUUGAACAAAGAAAGCUGGUAACAGGAUGUCAGAAAGAAAAGAAGCUCAAUUUUGUUUUUUUUGUUGUUUUUUUUCCUUCAUUUGAAAAACCUCACAGAAUUUUGCAAUUCAGUUACCUGGCCAAAAUGUGGAAGUGUUUCACUUUGAUUAAACACAAUCUUGCCCCAAAUUUUCUCUCUAAUUCUAGUCUCAUGAGAGAACAGGAGGUUCUCCUGCAGAUCUGAUCGAAUCCGCUCUCUUAAAAUUGGCAAAUUCUUGAGAAAUGUAAUGAUUUUAAGAUCAAGCCGUGAAAAAUGUAAUGAUCAUUGCAAUUGCAACUUUUUCGCCCCUCUGCAUGUUGCAUACCUUGUGUUACUUUGUAAGUACAGAAUGAAAAACCCAGACUGUGCAAACAUAUCAAAUUAAACCUGUACAUGCUUCAUUUUG